AUGCCUGUACCAUUAAAGAAUAAAUGUCCAAAGUGUGGUGGGGAGACUGAAUUACCUAAUAGCAAUUGUAUAAACUGUGACUACAUAGAAUAUUUGAGAUCCAGACCUGGAGCUAAAAAUAUACCAAGUAAACCCUUUGAUAAUGAUUUGUCUCAAAAAGUAUAUUAUUUGCCAGAACAAGAAAACAAACUUGUAGAUGAAACUUAUCAUGAAUCCACGCAAGCUCAAGAAGUGGCUCAAGCGGAAAACGAAUCAGAUAAAGAUCAUAAAGAUGAGAUAUAUUAUAUCUCAUCUUUGAUAAAACUUACAGAUCAGAUUAUUUGCCAACAUGAAAAUUCAGAAGAGCUUAAAGAUAAUUCUGAUCCUUAG